AUGGGGGAGCCUCCCUCCAAGCGACCUCGCGUGCUUGCCGACCUGCUGAAGAGUCCAGAUCCAGAUUCAAAUCGCCUGUUGAAGACUGGCCGCCAGAAUGACAAGAAUGGCUUGCCAGUCACUAGUGUCGCCAGUCUGGGCGAUUCGCGGCCGAGGGAAGCACAAGAGACGAAUUUGGAAGACGCCGUUAUUGGUUGGCAAGCUGGUGACGAGGAUCCGACACCAAUCUUCCUUGUAAAGAAAGGUAAAAAGGAACUGUCCAAAGGAGAAGUAUAUGAUACACAGAGCGAGGAGAUCGGGAAAAAGUACCAGUACUCGCCAAUCGCCAAAGCACAUCGCCAAAGGUUUAAUUGGGUCGCUCAGUCGGAUGGUGACAAGUUCACUAGGGAUGCCAGCAAGAUGAAACCAGCCAAACGAACGGAUGGGAUGAGCGGCAGGUGGACAUGUGACGUCUGCGGCAAGAGUAAUUGCGGCAGCCUGUUCGUGUUCCGGGCUUUCCUCCGACAAGAGCACCUCCCAAGAAGCAGUCACAGAGGAUCUCGGCGGCUGGAUCCAUUCGUGGCCUACAUCUCCCAGCGAUGUGGCCAAGGCCUCCUUGGCCAGCUGGCGGAGUACACUCGUGUCCAAGAAGAAAUUUUUAGCCUUGCCACCCUCGACAUCGAGAUUGCACGAAAUCACCUUGAAGAGUCCAUGCGCCAGAGCAGCCGCGAGAACCAGCAAUUCCUGAUCGGCGAACUGUCCCGCGUGGCUGGGGUCGGCGCCUCUGCUCCAAAGACAGUGGAGAUGGAUUCCGUGGAGCGCAUGAUGGGAGGCCGAGGAGGCCGGGUGCCCCUCCUGCGGAGCCCCGAGGACGUCUUCCGCGCCAUGGCCCGGAGUUUGGGGCCGCGGGUGAAUGCGCGGCUCCUGGCAGCUGCCGCUGUCUCAGCCUCAGGGGCCUCCGGAGCAGACUUCAAGGCUUUAGAGGGCUACCUUGGUGAAGCAGCUGAAAGCCUGCGGGCUGGUGGUCCCUUGCCAAGGGUUCCUGCGAAAUGGCCUCUGUCGGAAGUGGUUGCUUGCGUUGAAGCCAUCCUCCGAGCCGCCAACAGGACGGAACCACCCUACCUGCGAGUGGAAUUGGCAUGUUCCGGACACUCCGAGGUGAAGGUCUAUGGUCCAAGCGAAGAGAACAAAAUGAACAAAGCCAUGACCAUACGGCUGGGCUUCCUGCACUCCAAAGGGUCCUUGCAUGCCUUCGCGCCCUCCAAGCCCCCAAAAGAAGAAGCGUUGCUCUUGCAGCAGCGCUUGGAGCAGGUUGCUGGGAACCCGGCACGUGUAGACGGAGCACCCGGAGCACCCGGAGCACCCGCAGCUCCCCAGCCCAGCGGCUCUCGUCCACGACAUGCCGGUCGAGCUGAGAGUCUUGGCCCAGGUUGGCACAGCUGCGACUGGGCCAAGCAGCUCAAACGUUUGCUCGCUGCUGACUUCGAUUUUUCCAAGCGACCUCUGCACCUUGCCACGGGCUGUUCAGGUGCCGAGGCACCGCACUUUGCACUGUGCCAGCUCGUUGGUCUCGAAGGCUUCGAACAACUUUUUGGUGCUGAGAUCAACGACAACCCCCGACGAUUCAUGCUUAACAACUGCAGGUCUCAGCACACGUUCUAUGACGUGCGAGAUGUUACGAAAGGUUCGGGGAUGUGUGCUCGUCAUGGGUGCACAUGUGAUGUGCCACAUGGGGAAAUUGACAUCUUCGUCGGUGGAUUUCCCUGCACUCCCUUUUCCUUCUGCAACCCCAAGCGCUUUAAGCGCAACUGCUUCUCGGAGCCAGCAGCGGUGCCAUUUUUCGAGAUGCGGAAGUUUAUUGCUGCUAGGCGGCCAAGGCUUGUGAUUCUGGAGAAUGUCAGAGGACUCCUGGCUCCAAACCCUGAGACAGAGGAGCGUCCUAUUGACUUCAUCCUGCGUGGCCGAAACCCUGAAGACUCAGCUCAGUGCUACCCGGGCACGCGCCCCAAAGACGACUGGGGCCUUGAGCUCAUCAAAGGCUACGGGCUCCGCUGGGAUAUUUUGUACUCCUCAGAUUGGGGCUUGCCACAGAAGCGCCCCCGGGUCUACAUUGUCAUGGUGCGCGAUGAUGUGGGUGGCCAAGAAGCUGCCGAUCGCAUCUUUGAAGUGCUCCGGACAUGCGCAGGGCACUUGCCACCAGGUUCUUGCAACGAUUUCCUGUAUCCCGAUGGACAUCCCAGACUGGAGUCCGUGAAGCGUGCCGAAACUGCGAAAACAAGAGGUUCCCGCAAAGUCUGCACAAAAUUCACGGAAGCGCUGUUCCGCACGACACGGCAGGACUUUGGCCUUGGAGCUUCUGACCGUCCGUACUCCAAGGAACGCCCUAGUGACUGGUUUCCACGGGCCACAGAGAAGAUGGUGCAACAGCUGGACAUCAUCUAUGAAAGAGCUCAGCACCAGGGCCUGGAUUUAAGCUUCUUGUUGGCCGAUCUUAGCCAGCAGGUGUCGCGUGGAGCUUGGAGGGAUGAUGGUUACGUCCCAACGCUGACCACUGCGAGCUUACUCUACAGCUACAGUCACCAUCGGGCUCUUCUGGGCGAGGAGUGCCUGAAGCUGAAUGGCUUCCCCGUGGAUGAGCUCAACUUGGACGCUCACACGCAGCAGGACCUGCGCGCGCUUGCACAUGUGAGGGCACUGGGCACAUCACGUAUGCGCGUGGGCGUGCGCACGAAUGGGCGGGAGGGUGAGCCUGCAGGCUUGCAGGAGCUCAUUUUCUUGGCCGGCAAUGCAAUGUCGGUGCCGGUGAUUGGCGCCGUCAUUUUUGCAGGAUUGGUGUCGGUCACAUGGGGCGACAACAGAAGGGCAGCGAGAGCGGCGACGCUGCCGUGUGCUUUGGAGCAGGGCAAAGCACAGAGAAAGAACUUGGAUGUGGGGAAACUUCCAGCCCCACCGUUUCCCACGUUUCCCACGUUUCCCACGUCGACGUUGGUGGAUGACGACGGGCAUUCGGAGAGCGCAGAGUCCGAGGAGUCCAAGCUGGCACGUCGGGCCGCCGUUCUCCUGCUCAUGGCCAAGGAGUUCACGCAACAACCGAAGAUCAAUCGACAAGACCGAAAGCGGGGAAGAAGCACAAAGUCAGGGCUCGCGGCGGCAAUGGAGGCUUCGGCGAACGAAAGCAGCGAGGAGGAGGAGGAGCACGUCUUUUGGGCUGCGCUAAGAAGGCUUGGAGAGGCCACGCAGCUGUUGGCGCGCGAAGCGAACGUGGAUGUGCAAGGGUUCGUGGUUAGAUCCUUGCGGGGGCUGCAGGCAAAGCCGGACACAGCAAUCACACAGCUGGCGCAGCAAGGGCUCCGCAUCACCGUCGACCAGCUCCGCAAGCUGGGCUAUGCAGAGGCUAAGCAGAUCUGGGGCCGUCUCUUGGUGUCCGAGAUGUUGGGGGCUUUGGAAAACGAGGACUUUGAGGAGAGUGGCUUAGGGGAUUGGUGGCUGCUCCGGGCGAAGGAGCUCGAGGACUCGGAGCAUUCGGAGCAGAGGGCCCGGCUCCUGGAGAAGCUGACAAAGAAACCUCACAUGCUCUCGAGGCUCGUCAAGUGGAGCAGCGCGAAAGGAGGAUGCCGAAGCCGACGUGAACUCCAAGGGCUGAAGCAAGCCAUCGAAGCUUUCCUUUGCGCGGAUGUGAGCCUGGCAGCCGCUUCGAAACUCAGCAAGGCUUGCCUGGAUAUGGCCAAAGCGUGUGAGAGACAAAGCCAGCCCGAAUCCUCACAAGCUUUUCGCAGUUGGGCCUUCAAGCUGCAAGAUGCGGCUUUCACACGUCGCUUUGAGACAAUACUGACAAGCGCGUUGCGGGAGUCUGAGUUUGAGCAGUUGGAGCAGACCUGCAGCGAAAACAAGGACUGGGCCCUCCUACGAACAGGAGCCGCCUGGCAGGUCUUCCGGCACCUGCAACGGCUUCAAAAUGCCAACGAAGAGACCGUGGCGAACCUUGCUACAAACUUGACAGCGUUAAGGCCAGGCUCGCUAGCAACAGCUUUGGACAGGUUUCUGCGGCAUAGCUAUCCUUCGAUGGCAGUCCGCGUGCAUUUCGUGGAAGCCAGGACCGCGACGCCAUCGUCCGUCAAACGAGAUGCAGUCACUUCCGUCAAUCAGCACUCUGCGAGGCUCUUUGAAUCCGAGCUGAAUCUCCUGCGUCGCAUUGAGAACAAUGUGACCCCAUACUUGGAUCAAACUUUGCAGUGGGCGCCUGUUUCGCAAGAGUGGAAGCAGGAGCUGGAGAGAAGAAUUUCGGAUUGGAGCAACUGCCUCAACGCGGUCAUGACGAGUUCGGCGGCAGACAUGCAACACCUCGCACAGGUUCACAGUCGGCUACUACAGCAGGCCGAGGGCGUCUUGCAAAGAGCUUGCGAGAAGCAUGCUCUCAUGCAAGAUGUUGCUGGCAGACUACUUCUCUUCGAGCACGCCUUGGUUGCCCAUCAGUGCCAGGAUGCGUUGCGGAACACCGAUGUUGUCGAGUCUGCUGUGAACUUGUUUAUGGCCUGCUCUUCGCAACUCGAGCUUCAGCCUUACCUGACCGAGCUGCGGCGCAAUGUGGGGCUUCUCCACAUUGCCGUUGCUUUGCAAGGACAGGAGGUAGAGGAUGCUGCACAGGCAGCAGCUUCUUGUAGUUUGGAGUUGCUGCCGGGAUGGGGGAGAGUUGUUUCCCCAAGCGGGCUCAGCAUCUUCCAAUCUGGCAACGACUGGCGAUGGUCCAUACCGCUGGUGCUGCCAUGUGCCCAGGAGCCCAGCAGCCACUCCACUGGCAGCGCUGCCGAACACAGGCUGUAUUAA